AUGGUAAGAUGGAACAUACUGCCAGCUUCCUACAUCCCGAAUAGUUGCUUCAUCAAUAUCUAUGUCGAGGGUGAUUGCAUCCCUCCUCAUAUAGACCACCACCAUUUUGUGAGGCCCUUCUGCACGGUCUCAUUCAUAAGUAAAAGAAAUAUACUGUUUGGGAAAGAGAUAGAUAUUGUCGGACCUGGUGAGUUCAGAGGAGUUGUAGAGAUUCCAUUGCCAGUUGGUUCAGUUUUAGUUCUGAAAGGAAAUGGGGCAGAUGUCACCAAGCACUGCAUUCCAGGGGUGCGACGUCGUAGGGUGUCCUUAACCUGUUAUAGAAUGGAUGACAGGAAAGCACCAUACGGAUUUCAGCCAGAUCCGGAGCUAGAAGAACUAAUGUCGUAG